UUUCAAGGUUUUCUCCAAACUUGACAAUUCCUUCUAACAAUGUAAAAAUUGCCUUGUGAAAAUUAUCGUACGGUUACUUUCUGUAUCGUCCAUUCCUUGUUUUUUAAUUUUUUAUCUUUGUUAAUAUUUUCCCGAAUAAAAAUAAAUCUAGGGCGAAGGUGGAUUGUACAGACUUGUACCGAGUUGUACUCGAAUCGGACCGACUGCGCACGGUGGUGGUGGUGUAGACUUGUCGAGGCUUCAGUCUCGUAAUGUUAUUGAAUUGAAUAAUUCGUCCUGAGUACAGACUCGGUCAAAUUAAAGUCGUGUCGUAACGUGCCAUCUUCCCAGUCGAAACAGGAAGGACGGAGACUUUUUAUCCUGCUGUCAGAUAUCAACUGCGAGGAAGACGGGUGGCGAGUCGGGAAAGUCGGCCUUUUCGAAACCUGCCAAGGGAAAAUAUGAAGAAGGAUAAACUCAUUCGGACUAUUCUCCUUGAUUUUAUGUGCCCACCCAUUUUUUCGAUGUUUUGAUUAAAAAUCCGUUCUCCGCCGUUACAAUCCCACUCGGAGGUCCGAUGCGAUGUGAAAAGGAGGAAAGGUGCAUUUUCCACAGUACAUUAAUCGAUUGUUUUAAUUUUUAAAAAUAAAAACCAAAAUCAGAUGUCGGCCACUUUUGACAAAUUAUCAACUUUUUCAAUGUCACGCUCCGUUCGUUUUAUUUAUAAAAUUGGCUUCUGAUUCCGCCACCCUUUUUUAAAUAUUCCAGUUUUACCGUAAGCUAACUUUUCUUUUAUGGACUGCCAGGGAUUUUGUCGUUAGCGCGUGUUGAGUUUUUCGCCCUUGCGUCGCGGGUGCAUUCAAUUCCGAGGGGGAAAAAGGAUGAAAUGAUCGAAGUCGACCGCUAGGGAGACGUUUACGCAUCUUGAGUAUUUUAAGUGUUCGCGACAGGCAAACCUCGUCCAAAAUGGUCAAAGACAUGGACAGCUAUUUGCCAUUGAUCAGCAACACGACGGACACCAAACAGAAGCUGGUCAUCGGACAGGAGCUGCUCCUCUACCUCCAGAGGGACGGGUCAAUCGAGUGCCAGGACAUCGGGCACGUCGUCGACUCCCUCAUACCGUGGAUGCAAUGCAGCAACUCGAAGGUGUCUCAAAUGGGGUUAGAUUUAAUGACAGAGCUUGCAAAGAGAAUGGAGCACUAUUUUAAACCUUAUAUACCGACUGUAGUCCCAAGUGUUAUUGACCGAUUAGGCGAUAGCAAGGAGUUAAUUAGGGAUAGAUGCCAACUACUUCUGAGUCAACUAAUGGAUGUUGGAGUCAUAACGCCACAGUCAUUGUUUGACAGGCUACAUCCGGCUUUUUCACAUAAAAACAGCUAUGUUAGAGAUGAAAUAAUGAAAUGCCUUAACAACACGCUUAAUCAGCAUGGAGCGAGUUGUAUCUCUGUAUCACGUCUCGUCCCGAACCUGGUCAAACUACUGAGCGAUCCAAAUGCGGCUGUGAGAGACAAUGCCCUGAGUACACUGGCCAAUGUCUACAGGCAUGUUGGAGAGAAGCUAAGGACAGAUCUUAUCAAGAAACAAAGCGUACCUCCUACCAAGAUGCCAAUUUUAAUGGCAAAAUUUGAUGAAAUCAAAACCGCUGGUGACUUUUUUCCCACAGCUACUGCAUCUAAUAAUUUACUGGAGGAGGAUGAAACUGAUAGGCUCUCCUUUUCAACAGCCCCCAAGAGACCGCCAAAUAGUGGCUCGACCCUCAAGCGAAAUGUUUCUAGUGUUUCUGCUAAAUCUGUCACUCCAGCUGGUUCAAACACUGCUGCUGGUGCUGUUGAUGAAGAGGGCUUCAUUAGGGCAUUUGAGGCUGUGCCCACGGUCCAAAUAUUUUCCUUGAGAGAUUUGGAAGAUAAUCUGAACAAGAUUAAACAAGUGAUAUCCGACACUGACCAGGACUGGAAUAAAAGGGUCGAUGCUAUUAAGAAAAUCAGAUCCUUACUCAUUGCUGGAGCAAAUAGUUAUGACGAGUUUCUUGUGCAUUUAAGACAAUUAGAUCAACCUUUCCAAUUAUCAGUAAAAGAUUUAAGGUCUCAAGUCGUUAGAGAAGCUUGCGUUACAAUUGCAUUUAUGUCUCAAGAGUUAGGAAAUCGAUUUGACAUUUUUGCCGAUAGCAUGCUUCCAGUGCUGAUCAACCUUAUUCAAAAUUCCGCCAAGGUGGUUGCAAGUGCUGGUCAAGUGUGCAUAGGAUUUAUUGUUAAAAACACACCAUCUUCUCGUCUACUUCCUCACAUAUGUGCAGCGUCAAAUCAUAAGUCUAGAGAGAUAAGAAGAGCUUCUAUAAAGUAUCUCCUUCAAAUCAUCUCAUCCUGGCCGACGUCGCCAUUGCAUAAGCAUUUAACUCAACUUCAAAAUGCUCUAAGCUCUGCCAUCACCGAUGCCGACCAAGAAGUCAGACUUACAGCUAGGAAAGUUUAUUGGGCAUUCAAGGAACACUUUCCAGAGCAAGCAGAUAUUCUGCUUAAUAACUUAGAUGCUAAUUAUAAGAGAAGCUUGCAUUCUGAUAUGUCGAACUCUUCGUCUUCAAAUUCUCUCAAUCAGCCAACACCUUCGUCAAAAUCAAGACCUCCUCCAGGUAUUACAGGAGGAAGCAUGGAGAAUCUGACUGGGUCUGGUUACGGUAGGCGCAGCAGUGGCUCCAGCAUCCCAGUUUUACAUAAAGGAGAAUCAACAGAAACCCCAGUCAACAGAAGAGGUUUCUCCACGCCAAAACCAGUCUCGUUAAGGUCUAACUCAGCUGUGGACCUUCAAGCUGCACAAAGAGCAAAGGCGCGGGCACAGUAUGCAGCGAUGGCGAGGCAAAAAGUCGGAUCGAAUGCCAGUUUACCUCGGCCAAAGAAAACAACGGAUUCUGGACCAAGUUCUCUAGUCGGAGCUCCCUCCUCGUCAUUAUUUUCCCCAGAGCAUUCCCGUCAAGGUAGAAAAACUACAAGGGUUUCUCAAUCUCAGCCAUCUUCAAGGUCUGGAUCUCCUUCUUCAAGACUGAAUUAUGGCGGUUACGGGACAAAUUCAGCCAUAAAUGACCGUAGCCGUCGUUCGCCAUCAUUUGGAGGUUCGAGGGAAACAUCUCCAGGCCGGUCUGGUACCAGUCUUAUGCACCAUCAUCCCCAUCACCACCCACUCCUUCCCCCAUUGUCCCUAAAAGGAAGGAGCAGUAUGUCUGGGAGGAGCAUGCUGCCAACUAGGCCGCCCAUAAUGUCACAAAGGGUCUUGCAGCAGUCACUCGAAGCAGAGUCAGCUCUAGCAGACGCUCUGACGUACGAACCAAGGGAGCUGAGCAUGGUAACUUCGCCAAGGCGGAUACGCGGGCUCGACGAUCCAUCUGACGACAGUGAAACUUCAUCCGUUUGCUCGGAACGGUCCUUCGAAUCAUCACAUCGCCGCACCUCUGAUUCGUUUUCAUGGAGUGGCUCUCAGUCGAGACUUUACAGGGAACCUUGUGAGCUUGGAAUCAAGGAAAUAAUGCAAGCAUUUGAUUCCACACAUUGGAGCGAUCGUAAAGAAGGUCUUGUUUCCCUCUCUGUAUAUCUUCAAGAUGGCAACACAUUGUCACCCCAUCAGCUUACAAGGAUAACAGAACAUUUUACAAAAAUGCUAAGUGAUUCUCAUACAAAGGUCUUUGGACUGUUCCUUGAUACCGUUAACGAUUUGAUCAAGACACAUUCAUCUGAUUUAAGACCUUGGCUUUACGUACUUUUGACCAGGCUAUUUAACAAACUCGGCUCCGAUUUGCUAACAUCGAUUCAGGGUAAGAUUGCCAGGACAUUAGAUACGGUCAGGGAUUCAUUUGGGGCUGAGGCUGUCCUCCAUUGGGCGCUGAGGUUUUUAGUCGAUCCGACACAAACUCCUAAUACAAGGGUGAAACUGGCCGUACUUCAGUUCCUGGCCAAAACAGCACCGAAUGCUGAUCCGAUGGCAGCAUUCCCAGUACCAUCAGGAGGGUCCAGUCGUGACAUUACAACUGCCGCUCUGACAAAACUAAUCGGUUGGACAAUGGGGGACAGUAUAAAACAAGGCAGUGAACUGAGGAGAGCAUCACAAGAAGCCAUUCUUGCUUUGUUCAAUCUGAAUCCAUCUCAAGUCACACUACGGUUUACUGAACUUCCAAAGGAGUACCAGGAAGCAGCAGCCAGUCUAAUACAGUGUAGAGUUAGGAAACCAGUAUCGAACAGUGAAUCCACACCAGUUUCAUCGAAAUCAGAAACUCCUUUAAGCCCAGAUCAAGUUUAUAGGUCUUUAAGGAGGACAACGGCUGAAAUCCAGUCUUACUCUUAUGAUGGCAAAGUAACUGAUACAGCAUCCCAUGACAGUGGUAUCAGCCAGAUGUCACUUAAUGAGAAACAAGAUGUCGACCUCAUUACAAAUUGGACUACAUCUUUAUCAUUAUCAUCACCAACAAAAGCGCAGAAAGACUGUAAUGGAAUAGACAGCACUGAUUCAAAUAGCCUAGGCAAUGGUUUUUCAAUGAACGACGGUGGAAGUACAAUGGACGGAGAUCUUCUUGGGAAAACAUUGGACACUUUAGACAGUUUGGCCGGUGAAGAAAAAAAGCUCGCUGUUUCUCUAGUCGCCACACUGGUGAAGGAAUCCGAUCCUGUUGUAAUUUCACAUCAUUUCAAGAGGGUGUUGAGGGUCAUCUUACCAUUGAUCGAUGCAGGCGACGUCGAGUCGAGGCAAACAGCUCUGCUGGCCCUUUCGGAGAUGCUGAAAAAGAAAACCCUCGGACCAAUGUUCCAGUCAUACUCAGAACUCCUAAUUCUUAACAUAAUUAGAGCAUACAGUGACACAAAUAGAGAUAUUGCAAAACAUGCAGAGCCUUGUAUCGAAGAAAUGGCAAAUGCAUUAAAGCCAGAUUUGGUUAUGAAGGUGUUGAUACCUCUGAUGAGUGUCGAAUCAUUUCCUCACAAUCUGUCGGUCAUCAAAGCAUUAACCAAGGUAGUUGAAGCCCAUCCGAAACAACAGUUCCUCCCUUUUCUCUCCGACCUGAUGCCCGGCCUGAUACAGGCUUACGGCCACGAGGAGAGCCUUGUGAGAAAAUCGGCUGUUUUUUGCAUGGUCGCACUCCAUGACAAACUAGGAGACGGUUGUUUACGCCCAUACCUCUCCACCCUGUCUGCGUCAAAGCUUAAACUCCUAGAUUUGUACAUAAACAAGAAACAUCCAUCUGGACCUAAUUCGCCCAAAUCCUCAUCGUCUUCAACCUCGUCGACACCUAACAAUACGGCUACAGCAGCGACGGCAGCCCAUGUAUGAUCAACAACGAACAUCCACCGACAUAGACUUUAUCAUCCAUUUAUGGAUUCGCUAUUUAACCAUAAAAAAAAACAAGCCUGCGAUUAACAAAGUGAAAUAACACUUCGAGUCAAAAUAUUAUUUAAAACUUAAAAAAAAAUUUUUUAAACACAAAAAACUUGAUAUGUAUAAUGGCUUACUUGGUUUUUAAUGCUUUUUCUAGUUCAUUAAAUGGAAAGAGACAAUGAAACAAUUUAAGAUUUGCUUGCUUAACGAAGCAAUCAAACAAAGUUAAUGUUUUGCAUUAGGUGUAAAUUUUAUUAAUUUAUAUUUUUAUUUUACUAUUAAUAAUGCUUCUGUUAUAUGUAUGUAAUAAUUGUCUUCUUGAUAAACUUAUUCAUUACAAUAAACCAGCUCUUUUGUCUCAAAUUAUGUACUUGCUAAGUUUUUUUUAUUUUUAAUUUACAUAAUAAUAAUAACUGAAUUAAUAAAUAAACAGAAAUUCAAAAAAUGGAAAUGGUAUAAAAAUGUUUAUAUAUAUAUAUAUUAAGGACAUUAAUAAAAACAUCAUUUGUAUAAAAUUGUAAAAACGAAAAACUAUGUAUAAUUUCCGAUUGGAGGUUAAACAAAAUUUAUUUACACUACUUCACUUUCAUCAAAUUAAACAGUAAAAAUAUAUAUAUAAAUAAAAGUAAAACUGUUACCUUCAUUAUAAUUUUACAAAUAACAUUGGCCAGGCUUGCUAAGUCUAAAUGUAAUAAUGCAGUGUAAUUUCUAUUUGCGUUAAUAAAACUAUUAAACUUAAA